ACUAUAACCAGGAACAUGAAGUCCGUCCUGAUCGUCCUUGCUCUUCUCAUCUGUGCAGCAGCCGCAGAAUCGAUCAGAGAAACUGAGACAAUGGACCCUAAUGGUAUGUUUGAUGAUAUCAUGGAGUCCUCUGGAUCCCUACCUGAUGAUGAGGAUUUGGAUGACCAUUAUGAGGAUUCAGAUUCAGCUGAUGAAGGCUCUGGUUCUGGAGAUGAAAUGGAUGACCUUGAAUCGACUCCAGACACACCCACUACUACGAUGGGUAACAAAAUUCCAGAAAACGACUUCCGAGGCCCAAAGAACGAUAUCGAUGUCUUCCAGACUGGCAAUGAUAUAAUGGUCAAAAAGAAUGCCUUACCUAAUGGAGCUGAGCAAUCGAACGAAAUCUCCAUGGCUAGUACUGUUAACAGCUUCUUCAGCAAGACUGAAGUUAUAGUCGCUCUUGUCGCUGGUACUGUUGUUGGCCUACUGUUUGCCAUCUUCAUCAUUGUUUUGUUGGUCAUGCGCAUUAGAAGAAACAAAGGCGACCUCACCUACGAUACAGUCAAAAAACCCAUCUACAAGAAAGCACCUACAGUUGAGGCGUAGAAGUCUUGCAAAGCUUUUGACUGAUUCACUUUUUGAAAUGCAUUAUGGA